GGACGAGCGAUCAGAACACAAGGCGGGAAUAAAGCCAUAACUCAAGGGGCAACUGCUACGAUUGGGAUCCAGCUUUGUCCAGCCGUGGUUUCAAAUUUGCUAUCGGUUUGAUUAGAAUAAAGCGGAGUAUAUUAUAUACUACUCCGUAUAGCUUGAUAAUAUAUACAUGAUGGAUUCAUCAUCGGUGAGAUUGAAGAGAUUUAGUUGCCUAGUCUUAAUUGUGACGAUGACGAUGAUCACUACAACCUCGUCGGUGCUAACCAUAACGCAAGAGGGGCACGAGAAAUGGAUGAAUUACUAUGGGCGUGUGUAUGAAGACGAGAUGGAGAAGGAGUUUCGGUUCGCAGUAUUCAAAGAGAACCUGGAGUUCAUUCACGCCUUCAACCGGGAGAAGAAGAACCGGUCUUUUAGGCUCGGCGUCAAUGCCUUCGCUGAUUUGACUAAUCAAGAAUUCCGAGCCCUUAGAACCACUGGAUACAAUAGUAGCCGCCGCAAUCUUCAUCUCAAUGAUAAUAAUGAUGGGAAGCCUUCUUCCCACGACACCUUUAAAUACAGGAAUUUCACUGCAAUUCCAACGAGCCUCAAUUGGAAGAAGAAAGGAGCUGUUACUCCUGUCAAGGAUCAAGGCCAAUGUG